AUCACAUCUAGCAUGUCACCAUCACUGAUAUAGAGGUUUGGUACUAGGGCAUAGUGAUGGCUACUGAUGAACUGCUUCUUAAUUAAAGACAUGUAAGAGACCAAUUGAUAUGUGUUUGACCGUUUGUCCAUUGAAGACGGCUAUUCCCGAGAUGAUACUGAUAUUGCUUAAGACAAGAAGAAGAAUUUACAUUGAAUGAUUUUUUCACACUGGAAGGAACCACGUGAUGAAAUGGACAUGAAGAGAAAAGGGUGCUAGGUUUAAUAUAAAUAGAAGUAAGAAGCAGUUAGUGGUUGUGAAGAGAGGAGGCAAGCGACCAAACCUCAGAGAAAUAACAGUAUUAGAGGAAGAAAAGAGAAACAAUACCGUUGUUAAUUAGAUACAGGAGAUCAGCGAACAUGGGAAGAUCUCCUUCUAGUGAUGACUCUGGUCUCAAGAAAGGUCCUUGGACUCCUGAAGAAGAUGAGAAACUUGUGAACUAUGUCCAAAAACAUGGCCAUAGUAGCUGGAGAGCUCUUCCUAAGCUUGCUGGUCUUAACAGGUGUGGGAAGAGUUGUAGGCUAAGAUGGACGAACUACUUGAGACCUGACAUCAAGAGAGGGAAAUUUUCUCCAGACGAGGAACAAACUAUCUUGAACCUUCAUGCAGUUCUUGGAAACAAGUGGUCAACGAUUGCAAACCACUUACCGGGGAGAACAGACAACGAGAUCAAGAACUUCUGGAACACUCAUCUGAAGAAAAAGCUGAUCCAAAUGGGAAUAGACCCAAUGACUCACCUGCCUAGAACUGAUAUCUUCUCCAGCUUAUCUCAGCUCAUGUCUCUGUCCUCUAACUUAAGAGGUUUUGUUGAUAUGCAGCAACAGUUUCCAAAUGGUCAAGACCAAACUAUACUGAAACUCCAAACCGAGAUGGCCAAACUCCAGUUGUUCCAAUACCUUCUCCAACCACCUACCAUGAGUAACAACAUUAGAAACCCUAAUGACUUUGACAUUCUCAGUCUCCUUAACUCCAUUGCCUCCUUCAAAGAAAUCACCAGCAACAAUCUAGACCUUGGUUCCAAUCUUCAGGACUUUAACAGCUUACCAUCCUUAAAAACCCUAAACUCCAACAUUGGACCAUCUUCUGUUCUCCCCCAAAUUCCUGAAGACAAUCACUUCAAGUUCUGUAAUGAAAGGGAGAACUUACCAGUAUCUCCAAUCUGGCUCUCGGAUCCUACCAACUCUAACCAGCACAUGCUACCAUCUCUUGAUCCUUCCUCUGCGGUGAGUGAUGAUAUGAUUAGAAACCAAUAUGUUAUUGAACAUGUCAAUAGCAAUCUCACCUCUUCAAGUCAAGAGUCAGGAGCUUCAGCUUCAGCUGCAUGGCCUGAUCAUCUAUUGGAUGAUUCCAUAUUUUCCGAUAUGAUUCCCUAGCCUUUUCUGGUAUGUUUUGGAGGAACUUGAAAUCGAAUUUACGCUUGGGAGUACUGUGCUUUGUUGGAUAAUUUAUUUGCAUAUUAAUAUAUAUUGUAGACACAUAAUAUGUAUGGGUGUUCAUGUUGUAGCAUGUACAGUAUAGUACAGGUUUCAUAACUCAUAUGUGUGCUGUUAUCAAUGUCUUUACUCUUUAGCAUAUGUUUGUACCUUAUAGCCGUGUUUUUAUAUAUAGAGAUGACUUUUGUGAAGUGGAGGUCACUUCUAGUUGUAAUUAGUUUUUUUUUGGAUCUUUUGUGUUUACUCUUCCUGAUUACAAUCAUGUAUCAGUAUAGAUGUAUCGGUGUUACAAAAAAAAAUCUUUAUCUUUCUUACAAA